CAAUCAACGCGUUUUAGUAGAUUUUGUCAAUAAAAUUAUUUGUUAACAUCAAAACAUGAGAUUAAGCAUACCAAGGCUAACAUUAAAGUGGUGCGUUGCUCCAUAAAGUAGAUUGAAGUGGUGUGUGGCUCCAUAAAGCAAAUCAAUUAUACAUUUACAAUCCAAGCAAUUAAUGCAAUUAUACGGAGUGUGUGUGUAUAUAUAUAUAGAAUGAUGUAUUUGCUUGGCUAAACACAUAUUAGUACCGAGUAAAGUGGCAUUUGAAAAUUCAUAACAAUGGCUCUACCUCCACAUAACAAUUCGAGAACAAUGUUUGCUCCAAUUGCGGACCUAGACAACACUCGCAAAUCUUGGAUUCUCAUGUUAAGUGUUGUGCGCGUUUACUUCGUUCCGAGGGGAAAUCGUUUGGGUUGCACCCUAUGGGGAGAAUACGUGGACCGAUUCAUAGAUUGUUUGACCCAAAACAACCAGGAACCGGUUAUUAUGCAUUUGAGCUUUUGCCGCCCGAGACGCUAUAUGGGGACUGUGACUGUCUCUACUGCAUUUCAUGUUACCAAGAUACUUUUCGAUGGUAAUUCUCCCGAGGUUGAGGAAUUUAGAGCAAGGUUGCCUCCACAAGUGGAAAACGGAAUGGGAAUGGGAAGCAUCGUUCUGAGCGGUGGAGAUGUCGGGGACCAAGGUGUUAUUAAAACUACCACAAUCAAAGCUCUUUUGGACAACAUGAAGAGUGCAACAAAAAGGUACAAGAUCAGUGUUCAAGUCUAUGAUCACACCGGUCACGCUUCAUUCGUACUUUGGGACCGAGAGUGUAAGGAAAUCUUGGGAGCAUGUGUGUUUGUACUGAGGGAAAUUAUGCUUGAGAAAGAGAUGGACCCAAACUUCGUACCGCUUGAACAAAACCGCUUCCUUGGUCGGAAGGGUUUGUUCCAUGUUGUGUUGAAGGCCGAACUUGGGAGUCCAAGCUAGACUGGACCGAGAGCUUUUGGGGUGAGGUCUUUGGUUACCGAUCCAAAGAUCUUGAACAAGUAUGAACAUUUGGUUGUGAUUGAAGAUGAAGAAGCUCACAAAGAAAGCGAAGGUCUAUGG